GUCACUGCGAGCUCUAUAAAUGCAGUAGUAAACCUUCCUGUUCGGCACAGAACCGGCUCUCAGUGUCCGGUUUCUACUCAGUUGGAUUUAAUGGCUGCUGAACAAGAAUCGGACCGCUUCCAAACACCCGUGGACUCUGUGAAAACACCUUUCAGAAAUGUGUGUGACACGUCCGGGCUAAAGAAAACGCAAAUUAACGACAAGACAACAGUAUGGCCAAGGCCACUGGCCCGGACCUGGACCCUGAUGCUUCUGUUAGUCACAUGUCUUCUCUACUGGUCACGGAUGGCCAUGCCAAUCUGUGCCGUCACCAUGGCAAAAGAAUUCGGAUGGAGCAAGACCGAGACUGGCAUAGUGCUGGGUGCUUUUUUCUGGGGUUACUGUUUUACUCAGGUACUUGGUGGCCAUGCCAGUGAUAGGAUAGGAGGAGAGAGAGUACUGCUGCUGUCCACCUCCUCCUGGGCCGUGAUGACGGCUAUCACGCCGCUUCUGGCCAACAUUGGACUUCGACCUCUUGUUACCAUGACAGUGACCAGGUUUCUAUUGGGUGUAAUGCAAGGGGUUCACUACCCUUCUCUUGUCAGUAUCUGUGCUCAGCGUGUGAAGGAGGGAGAGAGAGGUUUAUUGAUGAGCACUCUGGCCUGUGGGUGCUACCUAGGGAUGCUGCUGGUUGGAGGUGUAGGUUCCCUGAUGCUGGACUGGUUUGGAUGGGGGAGUGUGUUUUAUGGAGCUGGUCUCCUUGCUGUUUGCUGGACCUGUUGUGUAUGGAAAUGUCUUCUGCAAGGUCCAAGUUUCUCUCUCGACUCACUGUGGAUCAGCAGUAGUUCUACAUCUGAAUCCUCGAAAGUCAAUUGGCUGAAUCUCCUUAGAGAGCCUAGUGUCUGGGCUAUGAUCAUUGCUCAUCUCUGCUUUAGUAGCACGAAUUACACACUCAUGUCAUGGCUACCAACAUUCUUCAAAGACAUGUUUCCUUAUGCCAAGGAUUGGGUGUUUAAUGUGAUCCCUUGGUUUGUAGCGCUGCCCACUUCACUGUUUGGAGGCUCUAUCUCUGAUCAUCUCAUUAGGCAAGGCUGCGGGACUGUGACUGUAAGGAAACUGAUGCAGUUCAUUGCAAUGGGAGUAGCCAGUGUGUUCAUCUUCCUUCUCUGUAAGACAGACAGCUUUAUCCAUGCUGUGGCGUGUGUGUCUCUGGCUGUUGGACUGUCUACAUUUAAUAACAGUGGGGUGUCUGUGAAUGUGCAUGACCAGGCACCAUCAUGUGCAGGAGCCCUAUUUGGGGUUAUGAACACAUGUUCUGCUUUUACUGGUUUGUUGUUGGUGUACAUGUCUGGCUACAUGAUUGAGGUCACAGGUUCCUGGGUGAAUGUGUUCUCAGUCCUGGCUGUGGUGAACGUCAUUGGUGUCACCAUAUUCAUAGCGCUGGGUGAAGCAAAACGAGUUGAUCAGCCUCAGAUUAUCUCAACAUCAUGCUGAAAACAAAUUCUUCCACUCACCGAGACAUAUUGGGGUUUCCUUAUUUGUCAUUUGUAACAAAUGGAUUGAAACUCCUCAACACUUGUGUUUUAUAUAAUGUUUUAGAAAGUAUAUAUUUAUUAAUUUAAAUGUGUAUUAUAUUUGGCAGGGUUGGUUGAAAAUGAUGCAAUGAAACACAUUUUAUGUUUUGUAUGUAACCCCUUUUCCCAGUGCUGGUUAUAGGUAGCUAAACUACUUUAAAAACUGUAACAUGGGAUGGGGCCCUGGGUGUGGUUUGAAAAUAAAUACUAAUAAAACAAAUAACUCAGGUGUUACGUUUCUUUUUGUAACUAUUGGUUUUACACAACACUUAUUGACGGUGCCUCCCUUUUAUGUAGUAAUUUCACGUUUAAUUCCAAAUAUCCCAUUAAAAUGGGAUCUUUUAAUUAACUGUUGUAAACUCAAACACAACAAAUGUGAAUGGGAGAAAUUAUAUACAAUUUACUGAA